AUGUCCUCAUUCAAGAAUGUCCUUUAUGUCGAAGCUGGACUUGGAGUCUUAGCCAAUAUGUUUCUUCUUUGUUUCUAUAUUUUCAUAAUCAUAGGUCACAGACCUAAGCCCACGGACUUGAUCUACUGUCAACUGACCUUUAUUCACAUAAUGAUAUUCCUCAUUGGAGGGGACUUGUUGAUAACAGACAUAUUUGAGUCACUGAACAUUGAUAAUGACUUCAAAUGUAAGGCAACUUUUUAUUUAAGCAGAGUGAUGAGAGGCCUCUCUAUUUGUAUGACUUGCCUCCUGAGUGUGUUCCAGGCUGUCACUGUCAGUCCCAAUACAUCACUGUUGGUGAAUUGUAAACAAAAACUAAAAAAAUGCAUGAUCUAUGUUUUCUUGGGUAUUUGGUCUUUAAAUUUGUCCUACAGCAGCAACCGGAUCUUCUAUGUUCGCGGUUAUACUAAUGUGAGUGAGACUAACCAGAUGCAGGUCACUAAAUCCUGCUCACUCUUACCCAUGAACUACAUCAUCAGCGGACUGAUUUUUACAAUAUCAACCUCCAGAGAUGUAUUUCUUGUAGGAGUCAUGCUGACCACAAGCACAUACAUGGUGAUUAUCUUGUUCAGGCAUCGGAGGCAAUGCAAGCAUCUUCAUAGCAUCAGCCACCUUAGAGCAUCCCCUGAGAAAAGAGCCACCCAAACUAUCUUGCUGGUGGUGGUUUUCUUUGUGGUCAUUUACUGGGUAGAUUUCAUCAUCUCAUCCACUUCAGUCCUGUUGUGGAUGUACGACCCAGUCAUCCUAAGGGUUCAGAAGUUUGUGAUGUAUGCCUAUCCCACAAUUACGCCUUUGGUACAAAUCAGUUCUGAUAACAGAAUAAUAAUUAUGCUGAAAAACAUGCACUCAAAGCAGCACCAGAGUUUUUUUAAAAAGACAUUUUCAUUUCUUUAA